UGCCAUUGCUGGCGUCACACAGAAGAGAGAGAGAGAGAGAGAGAGCGAGUGGCGAAGUGGACGAUCGGAGAAGACAAAUCUCGAAGCUUCCUCGUUCCGGCGAAAUCCCUCCGCCGGCGAGCAUGCAAUCUCCGGUCGCGCGCCGCCUCCGUUGAUCUUCCGUCCCCCCGCUUCUCGAUUCUUCCGAGCUCGAAACCCUCGUCUCGGGGCGCGCGCGCGCGCUCGCGGCUCCUGCUCGGCUCGAGCGGAAGGUCGAGUCGUUAGUCUCGCCGUUUCGCGCGGGAGCGUGUCUGGGAGCUCUGAUCUUCGUCGGUCUCGCUGGGACUGGUAACGGGAAGAGCGAUUUCGCCUAAAUUAGGACUCGCCGAGGUCGCGUUCCGCCAUUUUGAGCUGGUUUUUCUGCAGUUCGUCAUUUUUGUUUGACUCAAGCGGAGACGAGCUGAUGCAGCCACGUUAGAAUAUAGUCUAACGUUCCUAAUCUGUCGCCGAGCUGGAGCAAAUGUCUUUCCGUAGCAUAGUUCGUGACAUAAGGGAUGGGUUUGGAAGCUUAUCCAGGCGAAGUUUUGAGGUGAGGUUGCCUGGCCACAUAAGAGGGAAAUCACAUGGUUCUCAAGAUUUCCAUGAUCAGCCCCUGGUGAUCCAAACGAGCAGAUGGGCCAGCCUUCCUCCUGAGCUUUUACGCGACGUUAUCAGGAGAUUAGAGGCGAGUGAGACCACUUGGCCUGCUCGGAAACAUGUUGUUGCCUGUGCUGGAGUUUGCAGAUCAUGGAGGGCAAUGUGCAAGGAAAUUGUUAGAUGUCCUGAAAUCUCUGGCAAGAUUACUUUCCCUGUCUCACUGAAGCAGCCAGGACCUCGGGAUGGAGCUAUUCAGUGUUUUAUCAAAAGGGACAAAUCUAAAUUGACUUACCGCCUCUUCCUCUGCCUUGGCCCUGGUCUGCUGGUUGAGAAUGGCAAGUUCCUUCUCUCUGCAAAACGGACAAGGAGAACUACUUGCACUGAGUAUGUGAUCUCCAUGGAUGUGGAUAAUGUAUCAAGAUCAAGUAACACCUACAUUGGAAAAUUGAGAUCUAAUUUUCUUGGCACCAAGUUCAUCAUCUAUGAUACACAGCCUCCAUACAACAAUGCUCAGCUUUCUCCACCUGGGCGGAGCCGCAGAUUUCACUCCAAAAAAGUGUCACCUAAGGUCCCCACCGGCAGCUACAACAUAGCUCAGGUCACAUACGAGCUGAAUGUGCUGGGCACGCGGGGUCCGCGGAGGAUGCACUGCAUAAUGCACUCUAUUCCUGCCUCAGCCCUUGAGGCAGGCAGCAGUGUCCCGGGUCAGCCAGAGAUUCUUCCUCGCUCACUGGAAGAUUCAUUCCGGAGCAUCUCUUUCUCAAGAUCAAUUGAUAAUUCAACCGAAUUCAGCAGUUCCCGCUUGGACAUCGUUGGCCCCCAUGAAGAGGAAGAUGAGGGAAAAGAAAGACCUUUGGUCCUUAAAAAUAAGGCGCCAAGGUGGCAUGAACAGUUGCAGUGUUGGUGCCUUAACUUCCGCGGAAGAGUGACUGUAGCCUCUGUAAAGAAUUUUCAGUUGAUAGCUGGAAACCACCAGGCAGCUGGAGCACCAACACCAUCUCAGCCAUCCCAGCCAUCCCAGCCAUCUCAGCCAUCUCAGCCAUCUCAUUGCGACCAUGAUAAAAUUAUACUUCAGUUUGGUAAGGUCGGAAAGGAUAUGUUUACUAUGGAUUACCGGUACCCUCUAUCUGCAUUUCAAGCUUUUGCCAUCUGUCUAACUAGCUUUGACACCAAAUUGGCGUGUGAAUAAAAUCGGUAGGUAAUAAAUAAGGUUAUAAAGAAGAAUGUCAGGUUUUAGAAAAUGAGGGGAGUUGUAAAGAUAUCUAUUAUGUGGGAGAAGGUUUUAGAAAGAGUUUGUGUUAUCUAUAUAGAAGCAGGGUAGUUAGACCUUGGAACUGCAGAAGUUUUCAUAGAGAGGGCUUGGAGUUCUCUCCCAUUGAUCCCUCUUCGAGUUCGCUUCAUUGGGGUCUUCUUGUGUGUGUUUGUGCUGUUACCAUUAUGUUGCGACGACUUUUGAUUUGUAAAGGAUAAUUGAACUCUUUGACUUUCCAAAAAUUGGGAGAUUAAUGAUGGAUGAAGCUGGUCUUUAUUCCAUCUUCCCUUUUAUUCGCCUGUUGUAAAUAAUCGAAGCAAUUGGAAAACCUUAUUGCUCCUCAAAUGAACUUAUAUCCUUGGAAA